ACCGGAACGCGAUUUCAAGCCGAAACAUGCACACAAAUGUUUUGUUUGUACACGGGUCAGCAUUAUCCUUAAUUUAUGACCACGAGUGUAAUGAACUGUAGUAAUUGAGCAUCUUUGACCAAAGAGACGCUUAUUAAUCAACGUGCGUUUCUGCCAGACAGAGCUUCCAUUUCGCGCUAAAUCGGCUUCGUUGCUUGUGGCAGGUGUUUCGUGCUCUUGGCCGUGAAGUUAUUUUCUAUUGGCGUAUUUUAAGCGGCCUAGUUUGCGUGCCUGGACGAGUUCUGUUAUGUAUGGUGUUGAGUCAGAUAUGUGUCUCUAUUUAUAUAUUGAUUUAAAAUGAAAUUGUAACGAGUGAGUGGUAAUAUUGACUACAUAUGUCUCAUCUUUAUGUUGCUAUACUAAACUGGUGGAUAUAAGAGACUACAAUGUACUGGACAGUUCAUUUAGAAGGAGGACCAAGACGAGUGAAUCAUGCAGCUGUCGUGGUGGAGGAUAAAAUUUAUUCUUUUGGAGGGUACUGUACAGGAGACAAUUAUAGCAAACGUCGACCAAUGGAUGUCCAUGUGCUCAACACGUCAAAUUUCCGCUGGACUGCACUUCCUUUGCCAAGACAAAGUGACCCACAGUCAAGUUGUGUUCCCUUUCAGAGAUAUGGCCAUACAGCUGUAUCAUAUGGGGAUAAAAUUUUUGUGUGGGGUGGUAGGAAUGAUAUAGGAGCUUGUAAUGUCCUCUUCUGUUUUGACACAAAUACACUUCAGUGGAGUUGCCCAGAAGUGACUGGAAUGAUUCCAGGAGCUCGGGAUGGUCACUCAGCAUGUAUUAUCAACCACUGCAUGUUUGUGUUUGGUGGUUUUGAAGAGCAGAUUGACAGGUUUUCACAAGAUGUUCAUACUUUAGAUCUUCGUACAAUGCAUUGGAGUUACAUUAUUACUCAGGGAGAACCACCAUCAUAUCGAGAUUUUCACUCUGCAACAGCCCUUGGAGAUAGGAUGUACAUAUUUGGAGGCAGAGGAGACCUGAAUGGACCUUACCAUUCGCAAGAAGAAGUUUACUGCAGUGACAUCAUGUACCUUGAAACACAGACAGGGAGAUGGCACAGACCUGUUACAUCUGGAGAUGUUCCAAUUGGUCGAAGAAGCCAUUCAGCAUUUGCCUACAAAGGAUAUUUAUACAUUUUUGGUGGUUAUAAUGGAUUAUGCAAUGUACACUUCAAUGACCUCUACCGAUUUUCACCAGUACGUAAUGAAUGGCAACAAUUGGAACCUUUGGGUAGGCCUCCCAGCAAGAGACGACGUCAAGCAUGUCUUGUAGUGGAGGAUAAAAUGUUCCUUUUUGGUGGCACGAGUCCUUUUUCUAACACAAAUACUCACGGGAUACAAGAUUAUGUCACUGAUGAGAAUCUUCAGGGUCUGGAUGUGAAACUUAUGGACCACAGUGACCUACACAUUCUGGAUUUUGCACCUUCUUUACGUACAUUAUGCUUGCUUGUGGUAAUACAGAAUCACCUGGAAGAGACGUGGCUGCCUGAAGAUAUUAAGUUGGAGUUACGUGCAAUGACAACGAACAACAGUAUAAGUCGUCAGUUGAACAAUACAGGAUGAUGAGCUUCAUUUAUUGAAAUUAACAGAUCUUUAUUAUGUACUAUAUAAAUAUAGAGUGGCUCAGAAAGAGCACAUACCCAUUUUAAUAACCAAACUACACUCCACAUAAAUCAGGAAGGCAGUAUUUUGUGUGCACAGGAGGAAUGAUCAUGCCACAUGAUUCAUUAUCACUGAGAGGAAAACUCUGAAAACAUAUUUGUGUGUGGUGUGUAUUAGGGUCACCAGAUUUUGUAUAUAUAUAUAUAUAAAAGGACAUGAUGUAACUGUAAAACUGUCAUCUAUGUAAACCCCUCCUCUAUUUAUUGUGGACAUAGCUAUUUUGCAACAUUGACUAACAUAAUACUGAAUAAACAUCUUUUUCUUACAUUA